AUGUCAAGCUUUGCAAGACGAAUGUUAAAUCAAGUGAAAAGCAAGGAAUUCAGACAAUAUUUAAUGAGCACACAUUUCUGGGGUCCCGUAGCAAAUUGGGGAAUUCCAAUUGCUGCUAUGGCAGACAUGAAGAAAUCACCCGAAAUUAUUAGCCCAAGAAUGACUGCAGCUCUUUGUGUUUAUUCUGGUCUAUUUAUGAGAUUUGCGUGGAUGGUUACUCCAAGAAAUCUACUCCUAUUUGCAUGUCAUUUUACGAAUGAAUCCUGUCAAAUAAUUCAGUUUGGACGUUGGUGUCACUAUGACUAUUUCAGUGAUAAAGAGAAAAUUGAAGAUAAAGAAGAAAAUUAG